AUGAAACGACGUGCGAGUGACGACCGUCUCGACAUGUGUGAGCAUGUAGCUGCACACGAACAGGCGCUCCGCGUACCGAGUUCCAGCGACCAGGUAUUCAAAGACGAUUGCAUGCUGUGCUUUGACUCUCCGGAUACCGACCAUGGCGUAUGUGUAUGCCUGCAUUGCUUCCGAACAGGGUGUGUAGGCGAUGCCGAGCGGGCGCAUGCCGGUAUGCAUGCAACCUAUGCAUCGCAUCCUCUUGCGAUGUGGGUCCGUCGUCGGCCCAAGCCAUCAGAGCCCGUCACACGACUCGCCGUAGUGGAAAAAUCCGACGAGGAGAUGUACGAGUACGAGCGGUACGCCAUGUGCCUGGCCUGCGAUCCGGUGCAUGGACGGCGUAUUGUCUCCACGUCCAAGAUCGAUGCUGUGAUCGAUGGCAUUGUGCAUGCCACAUCGUCGGCGCACCAGACGGAAGUCCAGGCGUGGGAAGAGGAUAUCGUGGCCUGUGAACAUACCCUUACGGUCCCACAAGACGAGCUUACCUCGCCACCUACGCUGGGCGAGGGAGCCACCUGUGCAGCAUGCGACUUGACGUCCAACCUAUGGAUGUGCUUGCAGUGUGGCUACCUGGGCUGCGGCCGUGCGCAGUUCGGCGGCCUAGCUGGGCAUGGCCAUGCCCUUGCUCAUUACGAGGCGACAGGGCAUGCAUGCAGUGUCAAGCAGGGUACCAUUACGCCCGAAGGGACGGCCGAUGUGUACUGCUAUGCCUGCAACGAUGCCCGUCUGGACCCGGAGCUAAGUGUGCAUUUACAGCGCCUGGGCGUGCCGGUGGCGUCUCUGUCCAAGACGGAAAAGAGUAUGACAGAGCUCCAGCUCGAGCAGAACGUGCAGUUUGAUUUCCGAAUGGUCGACGAUGACGGCGCCGCUAUGGUUCCUGCGUACGGCGCACACCGCACAGGUAUGCAGAACCUUGGGAACAGCUGCUACAUGGCCUCGACACUGCAGAGCGUGUUCGCCUUACCGGCCUUCCAGCGCCGCUUUGACGAUGUGAUGGAGCACGCCAAAGUAUGUACAAAGCCCCCCCACGACUGCCUCGAGUGCCAGGUGCGCAAGCUCGCUGACGGCCUCGCUUCUGGUCGCUACAUGACGCAGGGCAUCAAGCCUGCCAUGCUCAAAGCUGUGCUGGGCCGAGGCCACCCCGAGUUUGCGAGUAUGCGUCAGCAGGAUGCCGAAGAGUUUUUACAGCACCUCGUUACCUCGCUACAGCGCUUACCAGGCCCCACGGAUCCCACACGCACUCUGUCGUACACCCUCGAGCACCGCUUGCAGUGCACAUCGUGCCGAAAAGUGCGGUACUCGUACGAACACGUGGACGCAGGACUGGGCCUGCCUGUGCCCCUCCACGAAACCGCCCCUGGUGAGUAUGAGCCUGUGACACUGCAGCAGAGCCUCGAGGCAUAUGCACGUGCGGAGACCAUUCAGUACGACUGCCCAUCGUGCCAGACGUCCGUGGAGGCGACCAAGCAGACUCGUUUCGCGACCUUGCCUGACGUGCUGUAUAUUCAAGCGCAACGGUUCCAGCUGAUCAACUGGGUGCCCCAGAAAGUCAAUGUGGCCUACCAAGUCCCUCUACAGGAUGCCGUGGAUCUCAGUGCAUACCUCGGACAGGGGAUGCAGCCGGACGAAGUCGCUUUGCCUGAGACCGAUCAGCAUGCUGAACCGGCGAUGGAUGCGGACGCUAUUGCGAUGCUGACAAGCAUGGGCUUCUCCCAUGCUCGUGCCCAACAUGCACUCCUCGCGACAGGCAGCGACGUCGAGGCAGCUGUAGGCUGGCUGUUUGAGCAUGCUGACGAUGCAUCUCUGGAUGUGCCGCCGACGCAGCAGCCAUCUGCGUCCCCUGUCGACACCUCGGCGCUUGAAGAGAUGGGCUUCUCUGCGGCGCAGGCACGCAAGGCGUUGCGCGUACAGGGCAACGAUAUUGAAAGGGCCGUCGCGUGGCUGUUUGAGAACCCAGACGAUGUAGGGGAAGAAGACAGCGUGGCUGCUCCUGCAGCACACGACGAUGCGGCCCGCUACGGAACAUCGGAGACGCCGGCACGGUACGAGCUCGUGAGCUUUAUUACGCAUCGUGGUCCUUCGGUCCACAGUGGUCAUUACGUCGCACACGUUCGCUCCGGCCACGACUGGAUCUUUUUCAACGACGAAAAGGUCGUACAUGCCCCAUCUGAGGGGUCGUCCAGUGCUGCUGCGCUCUCCGAAUUGGCCUAUCUGUAUUGCCUACGCCGUAUCUAG